AGUGGGCUUUCUGCAGCAGAGUACCUUGCAGAGAUGAUCCCGCCCCUCGCAGGGGAGAGUUCACGGGUUAGCGGAGCUCGCAGUUGAAUGCUGCAGCAGCCUGUCCACUCUGUGCACUAUGCAUGUUUGUCAGGGAAUCCGCGAAGCGCUCACGUCCCGGCAGCGUUGCUCACCGGCCAGAGACCAUCUACUCAGGAGUCGAGGAUAAUCCGAUUGGAUGUGGCAGGCGGGACCGGAGGCGGAAAGUCCGGAGUGACCGCAGGAACACAGCAUUACUACAGGAGCACAGGCUGCCUCUCUCCUCUGAACGUGGACAAUCAUGCAUGUGCUCUACUUGGGCUUGGGGUUCCUACUUUUCCCGGAUUUAUUGAAUGUAGUUGCCUUUACAGGGAGACUGUUUUUGAGUUCAAGCACAGCUAAAGAGGAGCUGGGCGCGUACGAGAUUGUGACCCCGGUGCGCGUAAAUGAAACCGGUGACAAGUUUCCAACCAGCGUGCACUUCAAAAGGAAAAGACGGAGCUUGGACGAGGGGAGCGCCAACGCCACGGACCACUGGGCCUCGUCAAAUGUCCACUACAGGAUAACAGCUUUCGGACAAAACUAUCACCUCAACCUCACGGUGGAUGCGGGAUUUAUCGCACCUCUGUACACUGUGACGAUACUCGGAGUUGCCAAAGGGGAUAACGCUACAGGUUUUGGAGUGGAUGCGGGAGCAGAGGAGGUGGAGGAGGAGGACACGGAGUUGAGGCACUGUUUCUAUAAAGGGCAUGUAAAUGCACAUUCACAACACGCCGCAGUCAUCAGUUUGUGCUCCGGACUGCUUGGCACUUUUCGAUCUCCAGAUGGAGAGUUUUUUGUGGAGCCCCUACACAGCUACCAAGGGGAACACUAUGAAGAGGAACACACAAAACCUCAUAUCGUAUACAAGAAACGUGCGUCCAAGAAACAAACAUCUGGGAAUACCUCAGCCUGCGACACUUCAGGAGACAAACACAGACAAAAGGUACAGAGACUGAAGAGGGGCUCGGCGGCUGGAGCCUCCACUGCUCUCCGCGCAGCCCCUGUGGUCAGAGCCGGCAUACUCAGUGACCUGGAGUCACUGAGCGCCGGCAUGGCCGGGAAUGCUUUGCUCAGAUCAGAGCACGCCAGCACUAGACCGUCAAAUGAUAGCAGUGGUGACUCAGGACCUCACAGGAGAUCAAAGCGCUUCCUCUCCUACCCACGCUUUGUUGAAGUAAUGGUGGUGGCCGACAGCAAAAUGGUGGAGCAUCAUGGCAGCAACCUACAGCACUACAUUCUCACACUGAUGUCUAUAGUUUCUUCCAUCUACAAGGACCCCAGCAUCGGCAACCUGAUCAACAUUGUGAUUGUUAAGCUAGUGAUUAUAAACAACGAGCAGGAGGGUCCGGUCAUUUCAUUCAAUGCACAGACAACUUUGAAGAAUUUCUGCAUCUGGCAGCAGAGCCAGAACAUGCUGGAUGAUAGCCACCACUCCCAUCACGACACUGCCAUCCUUAUCACCAGGCAGGACAUCUGCAGAGCCAGAGAUAAGUGUGACACACUUGGGCUUGCAGAGCUGGGGACGGUGUGUGAUCCAUACAGGAGCUGCAGCAUCAGCGAGGACAAUGGACUGAGCACUGCCUUCACCAUUGCCCACGAACUCGGCCAUGUGUUCAACAUGCCCCAUGAUGACAGUAAGAAAUGUAAGGAAGAUGGAGUUAAGAUCCAGCAGCAUGUGAUGGCUCCUACUCUCAACUACAACACCAACCCUUGGAUGUGGUCCAAAUGUAGCAGGAAGUACAUCACAGAGUUCCUUGACACAGGAUAUGGUGAGUGCUUGCUGGACGAGCCCGUCUCCAGGCCGUAUGCACUCUCGCAGCAGCUGCCUGGACAAAUUUACAGUGUCAACAAACAGUGUGAAUUGAUAUUUGGGCCGGGAACGCAGGUGUGCCCUUACAUGACUCAGUGUCGGAGGCUGUGGUGCACCAGUCCAGAGGGUGCUCAGCGCGGCUGCAGGACACAGCACAUGCCAUGGGCGGACGGCACUGACUGUUCACCUGGAAAUCACUGCAAGCACGGCUUAUGCAUCGCCAAAGAGCAUGACACCACACCUGUGGAGGGAGCUUGGGGAGUUUGGAGUCCUUUUGGCACCUGUUCGCGAACAUGCGGUGGCGGGAUAAAGAUUGCCGUGCGUGAAUGCAAUCGACCUGUGCCCAGGAAUGGAGGAAUGUAUUGUGUUGGUCGCCGGAUGAAGUUUCGAUCUUGUAACUCUGAGCCCUGCUCCAAACAAAAGAAAGACUUCAGGGAGGAACAGUGUGCUGCAUUUGAUGGCAGGCAUUUCAACAUUAACGGUCUACCUCCUAAUGUUCGCUGGGUACCCAAGUACAGCGGAAUCCUGAUGAAGGACAGGUGUAAGCUUUUCUGCAGGGCAGCAGGCAGCACAGCCUACUAUCAGCUCAGGGACAGGGUCACCGAUGGGACGCCAUGUGGGCCCGAUACCAACGACAUCUGUGUGCAGGGCUUGUGCAGGCAAGCAGGCUGCGAUCAUGUUCUGAACUCCAAAGCCAGGAGGGACAAGUGUGGCGUUUGUGGGGGGGACAACUCCUCUUGCAAAACUGUUGCAGACACCUUUAACAUUGUACGCUAUGGCUAUAAUGAAGUGGUGCGAAUACCCAGUGGUGCUACAAACAUAGAUGUGCGUCAACACAGCUACUCAGGGAAAUCGGACGAUGACAACUACCUCGCCGUUUCAAACAGCCGUGGAGAAUUCCUGCUUAACGGAGAAUUUGUGGUGAGCAUGUUCAAAAGGGAAAUCAAAGUGGGAAACACUGUCAUAGAAUACAGCGGCUCUGACCAUGUUAUUGAAAGGAUCAACUGCACUGACCGCAUUGAAGAGGAGGUCAUUAUCCAGGUGCUGUCGGUCGGGAACCUUUAUAACCCGAAUGUCAGGUACUCUUUUAACAUUCCCAUUGAAGAUCGCCCCCAGCAGUUCUUCUGGGAUGCUUAUGGGCCCUGGCAGGAGUGCAGUCAUCUCUGCCAAGGAGAGCGCAAACGGAAAAUUCUGUGCAGCAGAGAGUCUGACAGGGUGGUGGUGUCGGACCAGAGGUGUUACGGUGCGGCCCGUCCUGCUGUUGUCACUGAGCCCUGCAACACUGAAUGUGAACUCAGGUGGUACGUGGCUCGUAAAAGCGAGUGCACGGCCCAGUGUGGCCACGGAUAUCGCACUUUGGAAAUAUACUGUGCCAAAAUCAGCCACGCUAAUGGUAAAACACAGAAAAUUGACGGGCGCUUCUGCAGUGGCCAGCACAAACCUGACGACAAAGAGAGCUGCCAUGGAGACUGUAACCCAGGCGGCUGGGAAUACUCCCCCUGGUCGGAGUGCUCCAAGAGCUGUGGUGGAGGCACUCGCCACCGUGGUGCAAUUUGUCGGAAGGCAGGCGAGUCUGGGGGUGAUGACAGCAAAUGCAGCCAGAGGGAUAAACUAACCAUCCAACCCUGCAAUGAGUUCCUCUGUCCACAGUGGAAGACUGGAGAAUGGUCCGAGUGCCUUGUGACGUGCGGAAAAGGCUACAAGCACCGCCAAGCUUGGUGUCAGUUUGGCGAGGACCGUCUCGAUGACCGCUUUUGUGGCUCGCCUAAACCCGAGUCGGUGCAGAUGUGCCAACAGCAGGAGUGUGCAUCCUGGCAAGUGGGACCCUGGGGACAGUGCACUACUUCUUGUGGGCCAGGCUACCAGAUGCGAGCAGUGAAAUGUGUGGUGGGCUCCUACGGUGCUGUUAUGGACGAUACUGAGUGUAACGCUGCCACCCGACCCACUAACACCCAGGACUGUGAAGUUGCCCAGUGUCCCAACAGCCACCCCGUUCCCCCAGGAACCAAAGUGCCUUCCCACCAGGGUCACAAAACCCAGUGGCGGUUUGGCUCGUGGGCCCCGUGUAGCGCCAGCUGUGGCAAAGGAACAUGGAUGCGCUUUGUGAGUUGCCGUGACGACCAAGGUGGACUGGCAGAUGAUUCAGCAUGCGCUCACCUACCAAAACCUCCUGCCAGCGGGGUGUGCUCCGUUGUAGCUUGUGGACAGUGGAAAGUGUUGGAAUGGACAGUGUGCUCAGUGACCUGUGGACAGGGAAAGACAACGCGACAAGUGCUGUGCGUUGACUUCAAUGAACAAGAAGUGAAUGCUAGUGAGUGCGAUCCAGAUGAUCGUCCUACCACCGAACAGGACUGCGCCAUGUCUCAAUGCCCGUCCCGUUCCAGUGAGCCCCGAUCUUUGCCAUCCUCGCCAAAUGCCAGAAGCAGCCUUCCACACAGCCAGUCCCACCAGUGGCGGACCGGACCUUGGGGCGCGUGCUCCAGCACGUGUGCAGGCGGCUUCCAACGGCGAGUGGUGGUUUGCCAGGACGAGAACGGUUACCCCGCCAACAGCUGUGAGGACAGCAGCCGACCCAACGAGCAGCGGUCUUGUGAGUCGGGUCCAUGUCCUCAGUGGGCCUACGGCAGCUGGGGAGAGUGCACUAAGCCAUGUGGGGGUGGGAUAAAGACGAGGCUGGUGGUGUGUCAGCGUCCAACCGGCGAACGUUUCAACGAUCUGAGCUGCGAGAUCCACGACAAGCCACCAGAUCAAGAGCAGUGCAAUACUCAGCCAUGCCCUUCUAGCCCCCACUGGAGCACAGACCCAUGGAGCUCGUGCUCAGCCUCCUGUGGAAGAGGUUUCAAAUCCCGUAAAGUGAGCUGUGUGACCGGGUCAGGCCGUGCUGUCCUGGAGGAAAACUGCCAGCACUUGUCCCCCAAACCCAGCAAGCAAAGGCGCUGUCGAGGUGGACGAUGCCCCAAGUGGAAGACAGGCAGCUGGGGAGAGUGUUCAGCUUCUUGCGGUGACGGCGUGCAGCAACGAGAGGUUUCCUGCCACGAUGAGGGCCACCGGAGCCCGCUGGAGACCGGCUGCACUCAGCGCUCCCGACCGCCGUCCAGCCAGAGCUGCCGUGUCGCCGACUGUCCCUCUCGGUACCGGUGGAAGGAAGGGGAGUGGCAAACGUGCAGCAAGUCAUGCGGGACAGGUCACCGGCAACGAGCCUUGCAGUGUGUGGACCUUAACCAGCAGGAGGUCCACGAAAUAUACUGCGUCAAUGAGAUCAGACCUCCGAACAUGGAAAGCUGCAACACUCAUGCAUGUGAAUUAAUCUGGAUUACAGGGGAAUGGACAGAGUGCUCGGCCACCUGUGGUCGGGGUUACCGUCAGCGUCUGGUAUACUGCAGCGAGGUACAUUUGGAGAGCAACAACUAUGAAUACAGCCAUCAGUCUCUGUCUAACUGCCCUGGAUCCCCACCAGAGAGCUACUUGCCCUGCAACCUGAUCCCAUGCCCACCGACACAGGAGUGGAGGGUUGGAAACUGGGGAGAGUGCUCUGUGAGUUGUGGGGACGGAGUGAUGGAGAGGAUGGUGCAUUGUGUAUCUGGAGAUGGUCAGGAGAGCAACAGAUGCUCUGUGGAUGCCAUGCCAGAGGCCCAAAAGAAAUGCAGAAAACCGAACUGCCAUUUGCCUUCUAGCUGUCUUGAGAUCACACGAAUGAAAGGGCCCCUCCCAGAUGGCGAACACUUUCUCAGCGUUCAAGGAAAAGCUCUCAAGGUCUAUUGUGCAGGAAUGCAGACAGAGGCUCCGCAGGAAUAUAUCACAUUGACAACCGGCGAAGGGGAGAAUUUCUCAGAGAUCUUUGCCUUCAGACUCAAUGACCCCACGCAGUGUCCAGCCAAUGGCUCCAGAAGAGAAGAGUGCGACUGUCGUAGGGACUACACCGCCGCCGGCUUCACCAGCUUCUCCAAGGUCCGCCUUGACCUGAGAAGGAUGAACAUCAUCACUGCAGACUGGCAGUUUGCUUCAUCCCAUGAGGGCAAGAAUGUGCCUUUUGCUACAGCUGGUGACUGCUACAGCGCUGCUGGGUGUCCACAGGGUCGGUUUAGCAUCAACCUGUCAGGGACGGGUCUAAAGCUUUCUGAGGGGAUCUCAUGGAUUUCUCAAGGAAAUUAUGCAGUGAUCAGCAUACACAAAUCACAGGCAUCCUCAUCCCCCAUCCCACCCCUGAACUUUAGAAAUGUAGAUCAGGCAGGAGAGUCCAGAAAAAGGAGACUAUUCCAUUACCGCUCACAGCCUGAUAGUCAGCCAGUUUCCACUCUGGGAGGAGGUUUUAAUCAGAACGAUGGCAGCAGAGUAUCAGGAACCUGUGGGGGUUACUGUGGUAAAUGUACACCAUCUUCUGAUGGUGCUUUGCCUGUAACCAUGGAAUAGACUUGGAACCAUCAGAAAGUUUUGCCGAGUCAUCUUCUGAACUGCAGAGUCAUCCUCAUCUGGGCUCAUGUGCCUCCUUUUCUUUGGUGCUACAGUCAAGCCAUCCUCCCUGUUUCUCCGUCUGUAUAGUGUACAUUAAAUUUGUAAAUAAUGUAAAUAGUCGGUCAAAAUAUAAUUUAUUGUAAUCGCAUAUAUAUUUUUGUAUUGUAAUAUAAUUGAACAGUUCUCUUGUUAAAGCCAGUCUCCAGUUUUUACCUGAACAUGUCUUCCUUUUUAUAAUGAAAUAACGCUGCAAUGAUCACACUUAAAUCUUUACUUUUUUUCUUUUAAAUGGCGCUUUUGUUUUGUUAAAACCAUGCAGUUUUUUUCUGUAGCAGAGAGGUGUCUCCAGUCACUGUUUCAGGUUUUGUUUCUAAAUCUGUACGCAAUAUGUAUUCUACCUUUUAAAAUAGAAGAUUUCAGGGUUUUUUUAACGUUUAGCAGCAGAUCAAAUAAUCUGGUUCUGAUGCAGAACCAGAGUAUUAAAUGACGCUGUUUGAAAUGUGCAACACUGACCUGUGAGGACGUCCCUCACACAUUCAUAUGCAAUAAGGAAAAAUGCAAAAGAUAGGAGAGAAGAUGUCAGAGACUAAAGCCGCUCUGCACGUCUUUCCGCUUGCUUAAAGUGCCAUUAGCCUUUAGCUCCUGAACGUCCAGCUAAAUAUAGUUUCUCAAUUGUUGACAAGGUGAAAUGAAAAGGUCAGACUCUGGAGACACCUCUCCACCUGCUGAGCUCAGCAGCCCUGCAGGCUCUAGUCCAGGGGAGGGCAAACUUUUGACACAUAGGCCACAAAUGCCUCGUUUCCACUGAGCGGUCCAGACUGGACCGGUACAGUAUUAUUGAGUGUUUCCAUUAUAAAAUAGCCCAUUAAGCCACACAGAUUCCUGCCAUUUUGGACCACCGUUGGUUGUAGGUCCAUAGAGAAAUGGAAAGGACUAGUUUGGGCGGAGCUAUACGAUGAAAUCUGUUGAUUGGUAGAAAAGUUUUCGACAACAGCAAGCGUCCGACCAGCAAUUUUUCCAACCCAAGAUCUAAACCGAAAGUUUUGUCCUCUUUUCCCCUGUAUUCUUCUUUGCCUGCAAAGUAUUGCCCCCUUAUUGGCGGGGGUUGGAGACCCGACACAUGCUGAAUCCAUGAAUACAGAGUACCAUAAUCCAAAUAUUAAAAAAAGAUGGUUGAUGCCAUUCCCUUUCUCAGUAGCCGCAUCGUUAUGACGCACAGCUACGUCAUCGGUCUACACCCCACGUGUGUCUUGAUGGUCCGACUCUCAAUGGAAACAUGGAAACACUUGAAUUCCAUUCUAAACCAGCCAGGAGCGGACCGGUCCGGUCUGGACCGCUCAGUGGAAACAAGGCAAAAGGGUUCCACAAUUUGACAAAAGGGUCGGAUCGGGACCGUAUGAUUGUAUGAUAUGAAAUAACAUGGAAUCUGGAUGAAAACACACUUUAACUUUGAUUGAAAAUUAAUUUUUAAACAGGUUUUAUUUAAAACUCUUGAAUUUUAAUCUCAUUUUAGUGCCAAUUGCCCCAAUAUCCUUCAGGGGAAAAACGUAAACUUAUAGAAAUGCUGCGUUCAUGUGUUGGUAGAAUGAUCAGGAAAAAUGACUGUCCAAGUUGAAAAACGCUCAUAAACGUCAGAAAAACAUCAGAAUUACAGAGAAAAAAAACGAAAAAGGAUUAUAAAUAUGGUUAAGAGUUUGCCCACCUCUCCUCUAGUCUGUCCAGAUGCUGCGUGUGAAGCGGCGCUCCUUCCACCUCAUUAUUUUUGAUCACAACAGUCUGUCCAAACUGUACUUUUAUCGAUCUCCUGUUUAGACGACAUGUUGAUCUGUGUAAAGAUAUCAGGGUACGUUUUGUUUUUUUGUUUUUGCUUUCUCAGCCUCUGUUGUACAGUAGUACUGUGUGUUCCUCCCGUCAGCUUCCAGCUUCCAAAAUGUGCCCUAAAAAGAAGCAGAGUUUCCGUCUAUCUCCGGCGGACAGCUGAUUGAGACGCCAUACUUGCUGUUGUGAAUCGUGCAGCUCGGUGCUAUUUCAGCGCCUCAAACGAUGAGGCGCACACGUCCGCAUUUUUAGUCUGCAGCAACACAACAGGAGGGGGGCAAGCACACAUUCUGAAGGUCACAACUGACAAAUGCACUUCUCAUGAUGAAUGUCAGAAUGUAGUUCAGCCGACAGAGUUCUCAGGUUUCACAACAAAGGGAUCAUGUUAUUUAAGCCUAUUUAACUCGUUUUCUACACCUGCCACGUGUUUAUCUUGAUCCAUUUAUCGAAGCAUUUAACAAUGUCUUUCUAUCAUUCUAUACUGUAUGUGCAAAUAUUUAUUUUACCUUGUGAAUGUACAGAAGUCUCGCCCAUGAAUGAUUACCAUUCAGUGUUUUUCUGAAAUGAAGCGGCAUGUCCUACACACAUUUAUUUAUGUAUCCCGUGUAUUUGCAUCAAAUGUAUCUGCAGAGUUGAGGGCUGCUACAGCAGAAAGCCCGAUUCAUGUUUGAGGCCCAUGAUUGCAGCAAUAAAAGUGCCCUUCACGA